AUGGCAUCACCAGCAAGCGUCAGCAGUGGACGUUCGCUGAAGCGCUCAAGGGUUGAUUUCACCGACCACAUUACCAUCCUUGUGGGCGAGGACGAGAGAGCAUUUCUCAUCCACAAGAACAUUGCCUGCGACAAAUCCGACUUCUUCAAGGCUGCAUGCAACAGCGACUGGAAGGAGAGGAAAGAGAAGACAAUUCGACUUCCAAACACGGAAGUCCGGACUUUCACGAUAUUCGCUUGCUGGCUGUAUACGAAUGAGCUGGAUCUGAAUGGCACCGGGCAAAAGCCCAUCUGGUCGACAGGUAUGGACGCUGAGCUGAGGCGGAACACCUGGAUGGACAUUUAUCGUUGCUAUGUCCUGGGAGACUUCCUGAACUCCGCGCAGUUCUGCAAUACUCUUGUCGAUGAGCUCCUGGCCAGCGCGGAGGCUACAAACAAGAUCCCGGGACCGCGGAUAGUGCUGCACUUUGCUGGCGAGCUGAGGCUUACGUCCACUCUCGGCAGGUUGCUGAUCGAUUCUGUUGCAACUGAAGUGACGAAGGAGGUUUUCAUGAAAAACGUAGACAGUUAUGCGACCGCGUUCGUCAUUGAGGUGGCGAAAGUUUGCGUGAUGGAGCGGAACAUGACGCUGGAUGAACGGCAGCCGAGGAACAGGCCAAAGUGCUAUUACCACGAGCACAAAGACGAGAAGGACAAGUGCGCUUAG